AUGCCAUUAAUUCUUAUGGUAGGCUACCCCUCCUCCGGUAAGUCAAGAUGGGCUCAGAAGCUUGUGGAUGCAUUGGAAAAUCGUAUAUCGCAGUUGAAACCUAGCGACUUAGGCUCUAACCUGAAGAUUAAACUUUACAAUGAUAAAAGCCUCGGAAUAAAACAUGAAAUGUAUAGAGAAUCGGUAUCAGAGAAGGCGAUUCGGGGAGAACAGAUGUCUGCAGUCAGAAGAGACUUGAGCAAAAAUCAAAUAGUUAUUUUAGAUGCUCUGAACUAUAUAAAAGGUUUUCGCUAUCAGCUUUAUUGCGAGGCAAAAAACUUGGGGACAACAUAUUGCGUUAUACAAGUGAUUGCUCCUACGGAUAAAUGCUUUCAGUGGAAUGCUGCUAGGCCAGAAUCUGAGAGAUGGGAAGAAAAUUUAAUUAAGGCUUUGAUUAUGCGAUUUGAAGAACCAAAUGGACUAAAUCGUUGGGAUUCACCACUAAUACCAGUGACAUUCGAUGACGUUGAACUUCCAUUUGAGGAAAUAUGGAAAAGUAUAGUUCUUAAGAAACCACCUAAACCGAAUCACGCAACAUUUAUGAAGGCAGCUACACCUGCAAAUAGCUUACAGGAACUUGAUAGAAUGACUUCUCUAGUAAUCGAUCAAAUUAUUCAAUACCAGAAUCUCAAUCAAUCCGGUGGUGUUGUACUAGUUAAAGAUGAUUCCGGAUGCACAAACACUGAUCAGAAAUGCUAUGUUCAUCUUCCACCAAGAGUGGUUACAAUAGCAGAACUACAGAGAAUGAGAAGAACAUAUAUAGCACUGAACAGGAUGCGUACAAUUGCAGUAGAUAGAAUAAUAACGCUGUUUGCCGACUUUAUGGAUCAUGCAUUUAAUAAUAAUGACUAA